AUGGGGGCUCUUCUAUCCCUGCCGCUUUUGGCACUCCCGAGUGCCGGUACAGUGUUAACCGCUGUCGGGUCUUGUUGCGGAGCUGCGACAUGCUCUGCUGUCUGCAGCGCAUGUGGAAAGUUCAAUAAUAGUAUGGCUACGAGAAUCGCCUACGCCUUCAUCCUCUUAAUCAAUUCGAUCGUUUCUUGGAUUAUGCUCACACCAUGGGCGCUCAAAAAGCUACAGCAUCUCACAUUGGACUAUAUGGAAAUCAAGUGUGACGGGAAGGAGUGUCAUGGUUGGGUGGCGGUUCACAGAAUUAACUUCGGCCUCGGCUUGUUCCAUUUGGUCCUCGCUUUGUUCCUGCUUGGGGUGAGGUCGUCCAAGGACGGCCGCGCAGCACUGCAGAAUGGCUUCUGGGGACCGAAAAUUGUUCUAUGGCUGCUGUUCGUCGUGAUCUCGUUCUUCAUCCCGGAGUCGUUCUUUUUCGUCUACGGUCAUUACAUCGCCUUCCUGUGUGCCAUGCUUUUCCUGCUCUUGGGUCUUAUCCUCCUUGUGGAUCUUGCGCACACCUGGGCCGAACUGUGCCUGCAGAAGAUUGAGGAUCAUGAUUCGCGCAUGUGGCGCGGGCUGCUCAUUGGUUCGACAUUGGGCAUGUACCUUGCGUCUAUCGUGAUGACGAUUCUCAUGUACAUUUUCUUUGCGAAAAGUGGGUGCUCUAUGAACCAAGCAGCGAUCUCGGUCAACUUGGUACUUUUCCUGAUCAUAUCGGUCGUGUCCGUUCAGCCUGCAGUUCAGGAACACAAUCCUCGCGCAGGAUUAGCGCAGGCUGCCAUGGUGGCUGCUUACUGUACCUACUUGACUUUGUCUGCCGUCUCCAUGGAGCCUGAUGACCGCCAAUGCAACCCGCUGAUUCGUGCUCGCGGCACCCGAACUGCGACUAUCGUCCUCGGCGCAGUUGUCACCAUGGCCACAAUUGCAUACACUACCACUCGUGCCGCUACCCAGGGCAUCGCUUUGGGCUCAAAGGGAGGCCACAGCUACUCGGAGCUGGGGACAGAGGACAAUGAGCACGGUCUCGUCACCCAGCAGCCAUCUGCCCGUCGCGAGAUGCGUGCCGAGGCUCUUCGCGCGGCUGUUGCAAGCGGUAGUCUCCCAGCCAGCGCUCUCGACGAUAGCGAUGACGAAGACGACUACGACGUGAAAGAUGAUGAAAAGGGUUCGACUCAGUACAACUACUCUCUGUUCCACAUCAUCUUCUUCCUCGCUACAACCUGGGUAGCCACGUUGUUGACGCAAAACCUAGACCCUGAGGCCGUGGACGAUUUCGCGCCUGUCGGCCGUACUUAUUGGGCCAGCUGGGUGAAGAUCAUCAGCGCGUGGGUGUGCUACGCUAUCUACCUGUGGACCCUCGUCGCACCGAUCCUCCUCCCUGACCGAUUUGACCUGUAA